GAGAAGGCUUGAUACGUGCGUGUGUAAAGUCGCGAAGUGUUUCAGAAAGUAUUAAUGUAGUGACCAUGUUUAAAGUUAAAGGAUCCUUGUUUAGGCAAUAUGCCGUUGUUAUAACAGCAAACCUAUGCGUCCUCUGCACUGGGCUCAGUAUCGCCUGGCCGUCUCCAGUCCUCGUCAAGCUUAGCAGGAAUGACACCACCACCCUGCCGAGACCUGUUACCGAAUCUGAGGGCUCUUGGAUCGUCUCCGUUGGCUUCUUGACGGGGGGAUUAGCAAACUUCCUAGCAUGUUUCCUCGUCGACCGCAUAGGCCGCAAGUACUGCGUCAUCAUCAGCUACGUGCCUCGCAUCAUCAUGUGCGUCGCCUUGACAUUCGCCUCCGAACUCUGGGUCGUGUUGCUGGGCAGAGCCUUGAGUGGACUGUGUGAUGCUAUCACGUUUACUGUGGUUCCUAUGUAUGCUUCGGAGAUCGCUAGUAAAGAAGUGCGCGGUUCCCUAGGAACCUUCCUCCAAAUAUUCUCGUCCCUCGGGAUCCUGAUCAUGCUGUGCGCUGGACCCUUCUUAGAGUACUUCACAUUAAACGUCAUGAUGCUAACCUUUGCUGUUGUCACGUUGGUGCCGAUGUUUUUCUUGCCUGACAGCCCUUACUUCCUGUACUCUAAAGGUCGUACUGAUGAAGCUUUAAAAGUUCUCCUUUACCUUCGCGACACAGAAACUGCUGCCAAAGAGGAAUUGAAAGAGUACUCUCUAUCCGGGAACGAAGAGAAAAUCACUGCACGCGAGUUACUAAGCGAUAGGAUAUUCUUAAAAUCUGCCUGCAUUGGUAUUGUUUUUGGGGCCGGUUUACAGUUAGUCGGGUUUAACGCAGUUUCUUUUUAUUUGCAAACUGUAUUGGAAUCUACGCAAACGAGUGUUAGACCAGAGAUAGCGUCUGGGGUGAUUGGGUCUAUUCAGUUAUUGGCAGCGUUUUCGGCGACAUUAGUGACUGAUCGGUUUGGGAGGAAGCCGAUUUUGGCUUCGACGCUGGCUGGACAAGCUGUGGGGAUGGUUGGACUUGGCGUAUUCUUUAAGCUGAAAGACGCUGGUCCAGUCACCGGAUUCCUCAACUAUGUGCCUCUCAUAUCGUUAAUCCUGGUGGUCUACUGCUUCAGUGCCGGUCUUGGCUCUCUAUCCUGGGGUCUUCUGGCGGAGCUCUUUGAAGGCCGGACCCGCGCCGUAGGCGUCACCAUCAGCAUGCUAACUUCUUUAGUCUUCAUCUUCUUAACAGUCAAGUACUUUGCUCUCGUGACAACUAUGAUUGGCGCACCAACAACCUACGGCAUCUUUAGUGUUAAUUGUGUGCUCAUGUGUCUGUUUGUGUGUUUCUGUGUACCGGAGACAAAAGGGAAGACCAUUGCCGAGAUUCAGACGGCUUUGGGGGCAAAACCGAAAAUUGAUAGUGAGAAGCAGGUAGAAAAGUUUUAGAUUUGGAGUCGAAUUUCAACCAUAGAUAAAAUUAAGAUUGACAUAGACAAACUGAAAAUUUAUAAUUUACCUAAUAGAAAGAAACUAAUGUCAAGAUAAAUACGAGUAGGUAUACAAAUACAAAUACAAAUAAUUUAUUGAGAAAAGUAUAGUACAGUGGUUGUUCUUAAAGACUAAGAAUUUAUAUAGAGACAAGUGGUUUACAAAUGCCUGAACUAGGAUUCCCUGUAUCUACAUGUAUUGAUCAGCACCUACAGUUUAGGCAAAAAAUUCACGAAAUAUGUUAAUUUAUUACUUUGUUUGGACUAGAAUAAAUGAAAAAUAGGAAAAUAGUUGUAAGCUGCGCGACAAAAUACCCGAUAGAGUUAGACCAAGAAAAGUCUGCAGCGAUUUUGAUAGCAGUGCAAGUGUUAUAAUGUAUACGUCAUAAUUUCAUAGCAGUUUGACACUUAAAAUAACACUUGCAUUGCGUGUGCUAUCAAAAUCUUUGCAGACUUUUCUAGGUCUAACUCUACCUACAUAGUUGAGUUCUCAAGUGAUAAAUACAUGACACAAAAUACUGUCUACAAAUUAUUUUUAAAGAAAAUCACGAUACCUAUUAAUAACGUUGAUGUACCUAAGCAAAUGUAUAUAUUUAUUUUAUUAUGUGAUAAUCUGUAUAAUAUACAGAUAUAUAUAUUUAUAAUAUUUAGGUAUAACUAAGUGAAGUUCGAAUUUAUGUAGCGAAGAUUUGCUAUUAUAGAUAACGACAUUCCUAAUACGUAGGUACCCAAGUUUCUAAAUUAGUUUUUUUUUCAAUUUAGAUUUCUAAAUAUACUUAAGGCCCUAAGGGUUAUAAGUAGGUAUGUACAUUCUAGCGCUGAAGCGAUGUCUGUGUAUGGGAAUUAUAGUCUGGCAACCCAUUUCCGUCAAUAAAUAUUUAAAGGCGGCAAAUUUAAAAAUACCCCAUAACUCAUAGAACAAAUGAAUGUCAUUAUCAAACUGCAGAACGGGGCUUAAUCGCGUAUUUAAGUUUUAAGAUUUACCUCCGACGUUUCGAGGACGGCGUUGUCCCCGCGGUCUCGGAAAAGACUGGCUCAAGUUGACAUCAACAUCUUCUAGCUGACAAAUGAAUGUCGCAAAAAGUGAGUUUGCCAGAGUAAUUAAUAUAUAUUAUAUAUACAAUGUGAUAUGUUUUCACCACUGUAGCUUUAGUUUAGUGCAAAUUAUGAGAAAUAUUUAAUUAGAAUUAUAAUAAUAUUUAAUGAUAUAUCAUUACGCUAUGUGAAUGUUGAGCCAUUUAGGGUCCUCGCUAAAUGUAAAAAUGUAAGUAAACAAAAAGUUUUGUGUAUGUAGGUAUGGCACGGCUCACCCGGUAUUGUAUUAUUUGUAUUAUUUUAGCUCUAAAUAGGUAACAUAUUGUCUUGCAUGGUAGGUUUUAAUGAAAAUUGGACCUUAACAUUAGUAUUUAAGUCCUGUUACUAACACUUAUAUGGGUCUUGUCUGAAAUAAAUGAUUAUUUAAUUUAAUUUAAA